UCAUAAUGCGACACUGGUGAUUGUAUCAACAGACUAUGCAGUUGCUGUUUGUUGUUGCCCUAGAAAACGGUGUAGCAGUUUCAUGCGACCAAGAACACAGACAACAAAGAAAAAGAUUGGAGAAAAGAACAUAAUUUGUAGUCAGCCUUCACCUUGCGAUUGCAACAUCUUUAGAUCUUUAACCUAAGCAGAUUCUGUAAUGCUUGUUUCGUCAUUUCCGGAUACUAAAUAUAUUGUUUCAUAUUGAAGAAUAACUUAUGAAAAGUAUUAUUUAAUUGUACACGGCGACUAUUUACGUUCAUCUUAUCAGUUCACAUCGAGACAUUGAAAGAUAACGAUUCAAUCGUCAAACCAUCACAAAGCAGUGCACUUGUGAUGACAUUACACGCUUUAAUUUGAUUCAAACUCGUCGGCUAGAUUCGCGUGUGAAGCCUGAGACAGUUGAAACAUAACUUUUGCUGCACCAAAUUGAUUUCGUUCUAGAAUAUUACAGCGUCGUUGACAUUUUCAAUUUCCAUAGUGUCUACAUAUAGAUUUUUGAUUAUGAAGGAAAUGUCGCUUAUAUGUAAAAUGAAAAGAAGAGGCCAUAAGUGACAGCCCUGAGGUACGUCAGAUGUUACACAUAUUUUGGAAGCGAACUACUUCUACACGAUUCGUGAAGUAUGAUUUGAGCCAUUCCAGAAGCCUAUGUUCCAAAUUGACUGUCCAAGAAAGUAUGGACGCACUUUGAUUUCGCUGUAAAUAAUUCACAAGUGUUAGAUAUUCAAAUUUUAUUCAAUAUACUGAUAAUAUUAGACUACAACAACAGAAUAUUAUUCUCAACAUGUACUACUUAGCUAUUGUAGACUAGCUGGCGCACCUUCUUGCAAACGUUCCUCAUUAAAUUCCGUACAGACUUCUUGGCGACAAGUUUUGACACUUUUUUCCAAUCUUUUUCGAACUGUUGAUUCCCAAAAUUCCUCAAUUGGUCGAAGUUGUGGGCAAUUUGGUGGAUUCAUGUCUUUUGGGACGAAAGUGACAUUUUUGGUAGUAUACCAUUCUACCGUUGAUUUCGAGUAGUGGCAAGAAGCAAGAUCUGGCCAGAAGACAACAGGAUCCUUGUGGCUUCGAAUCAUGGGUAGAAGUCGUUUUUGUAAACAUUCCUUGAUGUAUAUUUCGCUUGUUCAUUGAAGCAGUGGUGAUGAAGAGUUUCGAAAUCUUACCGCAGCUACAAAUUGCUUGCCAGACCAUAGCUUUCUUACCAAAUUUAUCGACUUCAAUCGAUGUCUCGGACUGGUUUAACACUUGCCCUUCUCGCACCGUAUAAUAUUGUGGUCCCGACAAGGAUUUAUAAUCGAGUUUCACGUAGGUUUCGUCGUCCAUGAUUAUGCAGUUCAAAUUUCCAGCAAGAAUCAUAUUGUACAGUUGGCUCGCAUCCCAUAAGACGCAGUCGACAAUUGCUUACGGUCGAGACGAUAAAAACAAAGACAAUACAGUGUAGUGAACAAUAGAGUGUACGAAAUGGGCAAAUACGCUUUAACAAAGCCUGAAAGUUGGCCUACAAGGCCAAAUUCAAUUUGUAUUGAUUUCAAGCGCUGCAAAGUUAGACCAGCAGCAACCGAAAUUGAAACCUUGCUUAAGGAACGAAUGCAUCUAAACGUUAAUGAUGUAAGUGAGAUUCAAUUCAACAAGGCGUCUAACUGUGUGUACAUUAUGUUCAAACGUGAAAAAGAUGCUAUUGCAUUUGCUUCGGUUAAUAACGGAAUGCACAGUAUUGAUCAUGACAAUGUUGAAUAUAAAAUCCCUGUGUACAUGGUGGACAAUGCCAUAGAAGUACGCGUGCAUGACCUUCCCCCGCAGACCAGCGAUGGGUAUGUUCGGAAGAGUAUGUCGCAGUACGGUGAAGUUCUUUCCAUCGAAAGGGAAGUAUGGCGGAAUUUUUUUCCGGGUAUCCGGAAUGGCGUGCGAGUGGUACGUAUGCAACUACGUAAAGCAAUUCCAUCUUACAUCAUUUGUGAUCAAGACGGGAUACAUCCGUGUAAAACGCUGAUUACAUAUGAAAAUCAACUGGUUACGUGUCAGUUUUGUGAACAACCUGCACACUACGGCAAACCUUGCACUGAAACUGCAAAAAGGACAUCUUCAAACAAAAAUAAGGACAACCGCCCAACAACGGAAACUAGUGAGCGCAGUACUCCUGUUGUACCAUCAAACCCACCUGCAAUUAAUGCACAACAAGGCGCGUCUACAGCAACUAACAACCAACCCAAGAAUGCGAAUUACAAGGAAAACGAAGAAAAAACGGAAACCAACAACGAUACCACCGAUGCGGGAAUGGAGAACGAGACGAGCGACGAACAAAGUGCCCCUCACUCAUCGCAAGAUAAAAAUGGAAGCUCCUCUCCCCCUAGAAAAAGGGUGCCAACGAGAUCCAACGAUAAAAAAUUAUUUUAUCUAAUAAAAAAAUGGCUCAUUCGGCCACGUAAAGCUUGUACGCAAAUUGGCCUGAAUAAAAAAAUUUUAUAAAAAAAAAAAUAUUGUACAGUUUUCGAACCCUAGGUCUGAUCGAUGCUUCUUGUUUCAGACUACGUUUUGGUUGUUUCGGUUUCUUAUAGGUUUGAAAUUCAAACGUUCUUUAGCACGAAGAACAUUUGACUUCGAAGUGCUCACUUUUUUGGCCACAUCCCGAACUGAAACCUCCUUGUUUUGCUCGAACGCCUUCAGUAUACGUUUAUCCAACUGAGGGUUAGCAGGACCUUUUUUCCGACUCGUUUUCGGUUUAUCCUCAAAGGUGUUAUCCUCACCGAACUUCCUGAUUGCAUUUCGUACAGCUUUUUCACCUACUCCUUCCUUUUUUGCUGUCUUUCUCAGUGACAGUCCGCGUUCUGUGCACCAUUUGUACACAAUUUUUCGACGUUGUUCUGCUGAAAGUCCACGCAUUUCGAAACAAACUAAUGAAAACGAAUAAACAACUGCACAAGUGGUUAGAGAAGAGUGUAAACUACAGGAAACAGCCAUAAAAAGGACAGAUUCUGAACCAUUGCGAAAUGGCAGCGGUUUUUGGUUGCGUCCAUACUUUCUGGGACAGUCUAUAUUUGUGUCAUAUAUUUGUAGUUUAUAUAGAAGUAAUGGUAUGCCAAUACUAUCGAAAGUCAGUGUAAAGAGUUUCUACGUGGUUGCAGAGUCCAUUGUAUUCAAAGCGAACGCCACCAAUUCUAGAAGAUUUUCACAGUAAACGCGUUUGCAAAAAAUCAGUAGUGAUCUUUUCUUUAUUGAGUUCACAAUUCACUGAUUGAAAGUCAAGUAGUACCCAAAAUAUGACACUAAUUAGAUGACUACUGUGAUACGAUAUAAGUGCAACUAAACACUUUUUUACAACACAACAAUAACAUAAUAUUACCCAUCGGCUGCCGAUAAAAAAAACUCUUCGACUUUUAAAUUCUCUUCUCCGGAUUGAAAAUUUUGAGAUUUUCAGUAUAGGUCCGAAAUUCUAUAACUAUAUACUGUGCGCAUCAAAAUGGUUUGAACGUAGCUUAACAUAUUGUUAACAACAACGCCACCAAAGCAAAAUACGUUGGUUUCAGGUACCAGCUUCUAUAGCAGGGUGGGUAAAGCGUUUCAAUCGUGUUUCAAAAAUAUACGAAAAAUAAAAUCUACCCAUUAAUUUACUUAUACUUUUGCCUUAUGGAAACAACUUAAGGCUACCUACCCGGUGAACGAACGUAUCUAGGUUGAAGCAGGGAAUAAAUAAACGAUAUAAAAUAACAAUAAGAACCACUUUACCUAAAAUUAGGUCAUUGAACGGAACCCCGCAGUAAAGUGAAAAAUGAAAUUUUACCAUCUGUGUAGCGUACAGAGGUUUCAAAUUUGACAGUUGGGUCAGUAACCAUGAACCAGUUGGCUCAGUAAAAAUGUAAUUUUAUUGAUCCUUUGUUAAUAAGCGUCGACUAAGGAGUGUCUCGAAAAUAAGCUAUCCCCAAAUUUUUCUUUUAAAUUAUGAUAAAAAACGAUAUUUUAUUUAAACUAAAAAUUGAUCUGUUAUUGUACGAGGUUGAACUUGAGCAUAAUGAAAACCGGAUGAAAUUUAAGUUAUUCCUUCACGAAUUUUCGAUCUUUUGAUCGAACGCUCUUCAUCAAGUUCCGGACAAGUGUUGCAUCGUAUUUUUUGGACGGUUGAGCCCAAUUUUUUUGAACUGCAUGUUCCCAGCUGCCUUACCAGUCUUCUUGGAGACCCUCUUUACGAUUGCCCAGUAACGUUCGAUGGGUCGAAGCUGAGUGCAAUUUGGUGAAUUGAUAUUUUUUUUCUCAACGAAAUUUAUACCCUUUUCCGCAAGCCAACUGAGAGUGGUUUUGGCAUAGUGAGCCGACGGUAAAUCCAGCCAAAACAGUGGAUAUGUACAAUGCUUCUUAUAUAAAGGCAGCAAUCGCUUCUGGAGACACUCAGAUAGAUAGAUUUCUGCAUUUAUAGUUCCGGUAGUGUAAAAAAUGGUUGACUUCACAUCCUCCCCAACGACAAUAGUAAAAUUUUGUGGACCUGGAAGGGUUUUUGAGUCCUCCUUUACAUAAAGCUUGCUUCAGAUAGAAUAGGAACAAAGACAAUUGCCUGUAUUUCAGUUAUUUAUUAUUGAAUUCAAGAUCUUUUUUUAUACAAAUGUAGCGUUUUCUUCAUACUUUUAAGAAAAAAUACGGAUAAAAUUAUUCGUUACGGUUUCGAAGGAAUUCUCGAAUUUUUCCUGUAAUUCUGGCUCAUUAGGAGGCGCACACCUUCUUCGUCCAUCGUUUUAGCUAUCUUGUUCCACCAGGUCGUCAUCUGAUUGAUGUAUUUGACAACCUUUUCCUUUGCCUUGAGUCUCCUUAUCAUGAUUGCCCAGUAUUUCUCAAUAGGGCGGGACUGGGAGCAGUUGGGUGGGUUAAGGUUUUUCGGAACAAACUGGACCCCUUUCUCUGCAUACCAUUCUUGAACGACUUUGCUGUAAUGACAGCUUGCCAAAUCUGGCCAAAACAUUACGGGAUGGUCGUGGGAUCGAUGAGCGGCAAAAUUCGUUUUUGGAGACACUCUUUUUAAUAUAGUUCCGAUGUCAUUGUCUUAUUUGUAACGAAAACUUUCGUUAUUUGCCACAGCUGCGAAAGCCCUGCCAAAUCAUAAAUUUUCUUGCAAAUUUGUCGGCAAAAACAAAUUUAUAUUUGGCUGGAACAUCCUCCCGAGCCGUUGCCAAGUAAAAUUUUUGACCUGGGAUUUGCCCGAAGUCAGCCUUGACAUAGGUUUCAUCGUCCAUCAGAAGACACCCGUCGAACUUAGUCAGCACCUGGUCAGAUAGUUUCCGAGCACGAAUUUUGACCACACUAUUCUGUUUUAUGGUUCGAUUUGGCUGUUUGCUAGCUCGACACGACUUGAUUCCUUCCCGGAGUCGAGUUCUCCUCACGGUACUCUGGGCAGCACCGAAUUUUCUGGCCAAAUCACGGUCCGACAGAUUAGGAUUCCUCUUAAUCGUCUUCAAAUUCUUACCACGCAAUUUCCGGUCGACAAUUCCACUCCGACGAUUGGCUUGAGGCUUCCGAAUCGUCGUCAAUGUUUCUUAUACCGUUUGAUAACGCGCCAUGCGGUAUUUCUGGGCAAUUUCAGCUGUUUAGCUAGCCUAGCUGCAAACCACAAUGGAUUUUACAAAUAACUGUGCACAAUUUUUUCCUUCUUUCGGCUUCCAUGUUGAUUUCUUACAAAGUACAGUCGAUUUGCGGAAUGUCAAAAAUCAUACGUGAAGCUGACAAAAUUCCCGACACGUUUGCGCCAAGAACUUCCAAAUCCGUCUACCAGGAGCGCCACAAUAUGAUCUAAAGUUUGUUCCAAUUCUAAAUUAAGCAAGCUUUAAGUCUCAUCGUCUAUCGAAACGCAUGCAUCCGGACACUGCAAAAGACGCGAUCACAACUUCCGGGCCCUUGUUCCCGCUCUUUUCUUCUGUUCUACACUUCGUUUCGAGAUUUUCUGCUUCUUGUAGGUCUUCAGGUGAUUUCGCCUCUUGAUACGCUGAAUCAUUGCGACACUCGUUUCUAUUUUUUUGGUUUAAUCACUUUUUGACAUUGAUUGGUUCUUCAUGAACAGAGAUACCACUUUCUGGUCCAGUUUCGGGUUUUCUGCCUAUUCCUGGUAGCUCAUCCAAAGAAUAGUGUUCCCCAAACUUAUUAAUGAUGGUUUUAACACUGGAAUGAUGAAUUCUAAACCGAUACGCCAAUUUUCGCGUAGUAAUACCCUUCUAACUUAGCCUUGUGUCUAGAACUUUCAAUACGCGACAUUUUGAAAUUGCAGAAUUUUAACCGCACAAACAAGUGAACAAACAAAAGCUGACAGCCAAACGCACAGCAUGCUGUGAUCUGAGCAUAAAAAACCAUCACAAAUACAUGCGUACAAGACAAAUGUAUGUGGAUAGCUUAUUUUCGAUACACUCCUUAGUUUAUUUAUUUAUUUAUUUAUUUAUUUAUGGAGCAAGGGAAAAGCCCGAUGGAGAUGAAAUUUGGUAAUCUCUCUCUCCAGCAGGCAUAAAACCUUCUCAUUAUUUGUAUCAACAGAUUACAAUGAUCCAACAGAUACAUUUGGACUUAUUACUAACAAUUGAAACUAACAAUUAAAACUAACAAUUAAAACUAAAUCUAUAACCCUAUAACUAAUUGAUGACGCUAAGCCUUACAUGGCAGUAAUAGUACUCUUGCUUAAAAGUGAGUGAGAAGAGAGAGAGAAGAGAGUGGGAAUAUAUGCAAGGGUGGGAAUAUAUAAAAGGGUUUGUGGAGAAGGUGGUAGACGAGCGUGGGCUAGCAACUGUGUUAGAAUCGGCAUGAAGAUCUAAUUAGUGACCAAAAAGAUGGUGGAAGGCAGAGAAAACGACGGGUUUAGAAUCGGCAUGUAGAUCUAAUUAGUGAUCGAAGAAAGCAUGGUGGAAGACAGAGAGAAAGAAGAAAUGACGACCGGGUUAUUUUCGGCGGGCGAAUCUAGUUAGUUUCCAAUGGAGAAUGAUGGAGAGGAGUAGGGUUGAACGAAAAUACAAUAAUGUAUGUAUGCAUGUAUGUGGGGCAGGGAAAAGCCCACUGGAGUUGAGCAUUUUUAAACCUCUGCCUCCAGUAGGCAUAAAACUUCCUCAUCUUUGUACCAAUCUUUGAUUCUAAAACUAACAUGAUAAGUGACUAAGAAGCAACCGUUUCAUUACAUUUCGAGAUACAUGAAAAUCGAAGACAUUAUAUAAGUUAACGAAUAAACGACACAUACUAGUAAACGGUUCAUUGAAUCCAUAGUUUGUUCUGGCGGAAGGUAAUCUUAAAAAAGGGUGAU